CGUUUUCAUUCAUUGAAUUGUCACAGUGGAAGGGAGGUUCGGCUCCUGUAGAAUGGUCUGUUUCGCUUACGGUUUUAUAUUGACCUUCAAAAAUAGUAUCAAUUAAAUAAAUCGUGUGUGAGUGUGCCAUACCUUAACAGUGAUCUGCGUAUCUAUGAAAAUUCCGCAAAAAUAGGAUGUAUGCGUAAUAUGCAGAUGCCCUCCUGACACUAUGGCUGCCUUUGACAAACUAAAGCUCCUCAUUUGGAAAAACUUCCUUUUACAAAGGAGGCAUAAAUGGCAAACAGCUUUUGAAAUAGCAUCACCUGUGAUAUUUUCUUUAUUUUUAAUUCUAACAAGAUGCCUAGUGGACCCAAAAUCAAAACCAGAUAUAAGUUAUCCCCCAUUUCUCCCAACAUAUUUCAACAUAACUGGCAGAAAUUUAGGCAAUCUCACAACAACAAAAUCAGGAACACUGGCAUUCUCUCCAGAAAACCCUCUUACUAGAAAGGUAACUAAGGAUGCCAUUGCAAUGGUAGCUGAUGAUAAUUUUAGCAUACUUUUUGCUCUUCUAUUUGAUUCAAAUGUUUUACCUCAACCCAAAGGCUACAAAAAUGCUAAAGAAAUGGAAUUAGCUCUUACCCAACCUAAUGCUAUGAACCAAAUUCUUGUUGGAAUCCAAUUUGAUGACAGUAUGGCAAAUGCUACAGAAUGGCCAGAUGACAUAACUCUAACCCUAAGAUUCCCAGCUGUGAUGAGGACUCCGAUGGUGGAGCACCCACUUAGGGCCAGUUGGCGCACGAAUUUAUUGUAUCCGUUGUUCCCGCGCCCUGGUCCCCGUGAUCCCGACGACAUGUACGGUGGAAAAACACCAGGAUAUUCGCCAGAAAUGUUCUUAGCGGUUCAGCAUGCUAUAUCACAGGAAAUAAUAAAACAGAAAGCCGGGAAGCCGAUCGGCACCAAAGUUUACCUACAACGUCUACCUCAACUUGCAUACAGGGAAGAUCAAUUGUUAGUCGCACUCGAAAGAUUCAUAUCAAUGAUCAUCAUGCUCUGCUUCGCGUAUUCCUUCGUCAACACUGUCAGGGUCGUAACAUUCGAGAAAGAGCUACAGUUAAAGGAAACAAUGACAAUAAUGGGCCUUCCGUCGUGGUUACACUGGUUGGCAUGGUUCAUCAAACAAUUUUCGUUCCUGCUCAUAUCUGUUGUCCUUAUUGUGAUCCUGUUCAAGACACCUUUCAACCGCACGGAGGCCGGCGACGGUUACGCUGUACUUACAUUCACACCAUGGAGCGUCCUUUUUUUCUUUAUGAUCUUGUUCGUCAUCGCCUCAUUAUCAUUUUCUUUUAUGGUCAGCGUCUUCUUUUCUCGAGCCAAUACAGCUGCAUCGUUUAUGGGCCUGGCCUGGUUCGCCGCAUACUCUGUGUACAUGCUAACUCAAGUACUUUACGAAGACAUAAGUCUGACAACGAAACUGCUAUUAAGUCUGAUAUCAAACACUGCUAUGGGAUAUGCGUUCCAAAUUAUCAUCAUGUGCGAAGGAACUUCCAAAGGUCUACAAUGGGACGAGUUCUUCACUCCGAUAUCAUACCAGGAUCAACUACAGCCGGGCCAUAUAGUUCUAAUGCUGAUACUUGACUCGAUACUCUACAUGUUGAUAGCGAUGUAUGUCGAGAAGAUAAGGCCAGGGCUCUACGGAGUCCCGUUGCCCUGGUACUUCCCUCUGACGAAGAGCUUUUGGAAACCGAAAAAGCAUAAAGUAGCAGAGAUGACGGGUAAAGAUUCAAAUAAUCCAGAGUACAAUGAUGCUUUGUUGAAAGUCGUUCAUGACCACGACGAGGAACCGAAGGGCGUGCCAGUGGGCGUCAACAUACAGAAUUUAACGAAAAUAUACAAGGGUCGUAAAAAAGUCGUAGACAAUUUGAACCUGAGAAUGUAUGAGAACGAGAUCACCGUGUUAUUGGGUCACAAUGGCGCCGGGAAAACAACCACUAUAUCCAUGCUUACAGGCAUGGUUCCGCCUACAUCUGGGAAAGCGUACAUCAACGGUUACAAUAUAGUGACGGAAACUGGUCAAGCACGCAAGUCACUCGGCAUCUGUCCACAACACAACGUACUUUUCCCAGACCUCACGGUCGCGGAACACAUCAUAUUUUAUUCAAGACUAAAAGGUGUUCCUAAAAAUAAAAUAAAGGACGAAGUGGAUCAUUUCGUCAAACUCCUUGAAUUAGAAGAAAAGCGAGACGUGACAUCUGACAAGUUGUCGGGUGGUCAGAAGCGGCGGUUGUCUGUAGGGGCUGCGAUGUGCGGGAACUCGCGCGUGGUACUGCUGGACGAGCCCACGUCCGGCCUUGACCCGGCCGCGCGCCGCGCAUUGUGGGACCUACUGCAGAAAGAAAAGAAAGGUCGCACAAUGAUACUGACGACGCAUUUCAUGGACGAGGCCGAUGUACUCGGUGAUAGAAUAGCAAUCAUGUCGGGGGGCCAACUACAAUGUAUAGGGACCUACUUCCUCAAAAAACAUUACGGUAUCGGCUACAAAAUAACUAUAGUCAAGGGAGAAAACUGCAUAACUGAUGACGUCACUAAGUUCUUCAAAACUUACGUGCCUGAUAUUAAGGAGAAUACUAAUAUAGGUUCGGAACUAACAUAUAUCUUGCCUAGCGACAACGUUAGUAAAUUUCCGGAGAUGCUUAAAGAAUUUGAAGAGAAAAAGGAGUCUUUAUGCGUUUCUAGUUAUGGACUCUCUGUCACCAGCUUAGAGGAGGUCUUUAUGAAGGCAGGCGCAGAAGAUCUAGAAAGUUCGUCAGCGAAAAAUAAAAACCAUAACAGUUCUGGACCAUACAACGAAUGCGCAAUCGCACCGCUAGCCAACAACAUACCGGAUAAUGAACCUAUACAAAAAGUGCGCGGAUUCAAACUUUUGCGGAAUCACAUAAAGGCAAUGUUUUUGAAAUUGGCUUAUAAUACGAUGAGAAACAAACUGACUGCUUUGAUACAAUUCGUGACGCCUAUAAUUAAUAUCACAAUAUCAGUAAUUAUAGCUAGGUCUUGGAAAUUUUUAUCUCAAUUACCGCCAUUAACCUUAAGUCUUGAGAGUGGGUUUGCGCAGACAGAAACUUUGAUGUCCCAAGCGAACGUAACAGAUGGUAGUAUCGAAGCUAAAGCUAUGAUGGCGUAUAAGGAUUACUUUAAAACUUCAACGUACCCAGGCAUGUCGCUUACCGACUUGGGUACAAGUAAUUUAGGGAAAUUCUAUUUGAAACUGAGCGAAACUGAUCUUGCAAGGGUAAGAAAUGAAAUUCCAAUCGGUGCUACAUUUGGUGCGCACAAUAUCACAGCUUGGUUCAGUAACUAUGGGUACCAUGACUCGGCAAUAUCUUUGGCGCAUGUCAACAAUGCAAUCAUGAAAGCUAUGUCGCCUGGAAGCAACUUGAAAGUGAUCAACUACCCACUGCCGUAUUCUAUUGAAAAUUUGGUGAAGGUCAUGGCUUCCGGCAGCAGUAUGGGAUUCCAAUUCGCAUUCAACAUCGGCUUUUGUAUGGCUUUCGUCACUGCUUUCCUAGUACUCUUCGUUAUUAAGGAGCGUAUAAGCGGAGCGAAGCUUCUCCAACGCGUGUCAGGCGUGCGGCCCGCAGUCAUGUGGACGACUGCGCUCAUCUGGGACUGGUUCUGGCUGUUCCUUGUCUACCUCUGUAUUAUACUCACCCUCGCGUGCUUUCAAGAAAGCACUUUAUCUUCACCUGCCGAACUAGGCAGGGUACUUCUAGUCUUAAUGGUGUUCUCAAUAGCCACAAUACCACUACACUACCUCGCAUCAUUCUAUUUCGAAGCAGCUGCUACUGGCUUCUCGAAAAUGUGCUUCAUGAAUAUAUUUACGGGUUGCAUGCCAUUUUUAAUCAUCGAAUUAUUGAGAUUACCCGAAGUAGGCAGUCCGUUUUACGCUCAUCUGUUCGACUGGAUUUUUGCUCCGUUGCCUAUUUACUGCAUCAGUAGAAGUUUCAGGGACAUGAGUGUAUCAUCGUUCUCAAUGUUGGCGUGCGAUGGUCUCUGCGACCAGUUGAAGAUCGAGAAUUGCACGCGGCAUACAAUCUGCCACCAGCUGAAACUCUCCGUGUGUUGUAUCGAAGAUGACCCGUACAUGAAAUGGGAAGAACCGGGCAUCGGGAGAUAUUUGUUCAUGAUGAGCAUGGUCGGAAUCAUAUCGUUCACUAUAUUGCUGAUCAAGGAAUACGAGCUUUUGAACAAGGUGUUCUACUCUUCAAGUAAGCAACCAGCACCAGCUGCUGUAGGCAAAAUGGAUGAUGAUGUAGAAACAGAACGCCAGAGAGUCCAAGAGUUUACAAGAGCCCAAGUAGCUCAGCACAGUCUGGUGUGUAAAGACCUUACUAAGUUCUACAAACAUUUCCUUGCUGUUAACAGACUGACGUUUGCCGUGAACAAGGGAGAGUGCUUUGGACUGCUAGGUAUAAACGGUGCAGGCAAGACCACAACGUUCCGUAUGUUGACUGGCGACGCUCACAUCUCUGCCGGUGACGCAUACGUACACGGAAUGUCUAUCAAGACGCACCUGCAAGAUGUCUAUAGACAUAUUGGUUACUGCCCGCAGUUUGAUGCAUUGUUUGAAAAUCUGACGGGUCGCGAGACGUUGCGGAUAUUCUGUCUACUGCGCGGCAUACCAUCUGCUGUCGGUAACGCUCGAGCUCUACACCUCGCCACCUCACUCGGGUUCUUGAGACACUAUGAUAAAAAGGUAUUUGCGUGUAGCGGAGGUACCAAAAGGAAAAUUAGCACAGCUGUUGCAUUGCUGGGUGAUGCGCCAUUAGUGUUCCUAGAUGAGCCGACUACAGGUAUGGACCCGGCAUCAAAGCGGCUGGUAUGGACGUGUAUAAGCGAGGCAGUGAUAGCGGGGCGCAGUAUAGUGCUGACGUCACACAGCAUGGAGGAGUGUGAAGCUCUGUGCUCGCGCCUCACUGUCAUGGUCAACGGACAGUUCUACUGCCUCGGGCCGCUGCAGCAUUUGAAGAAUAAGUUCUCACAAGGAUACACAUUAAUAGUGAAAUGUAAAUCUGGCGUAGACAGGGAUAAUGACGUGAUCAAGAUCAAAAAUUAUAUUACCGAUAACUUCAAUGAUUCGAGACUUAUCGAAUCAUAUUUGGGUAUUAGCACAUUCUAUAUCAAUGACGUCGGAUUACCGUGGUGGAAAAUAUUCGAUAUUAUGGAAGAGGCUCGGAAACAGUUCCCUAUAGAAGAUUACUCUGUAGCACAGACUACACUAGAACAGGUAUUCCUACAAUUCACAAGAAUGCAGGGCAACACAGAGGCUUAAACCAUCGAUGGAAUAUUAAUUUAAGCGUUAGGUUCAGGGUAAACUACAAGACAAGAGAUCUGAAUCGAAUUACUGCGCGCCUAAUCGACAAUAGAUUUGUUAAGUUUUUGAUGGGCAAACUCAAUAAUAACGUCUCGAUUUUUAUACAAAUCAAGACUAGUAAUGUUUGUAACUGAUAACUUUUGACUUUUUCAUAUACUCAAUAUGAACUUUGUAAUAUUUUCUUCAAUUGUCGACAAAAUAUUUUGUAAGACCGUAAGGUAAAUACGGACGUUGAGACUCAUUAGUACUUAACAAUGAAUACAAAUAUGUCUUAAGACUCCUUUUGAAUGUUCAAUAUUUUAUAUGAAAAAAAAUAUUUAAGAUAAUUAUAGUUACAAUCGUACCGUUAAAUGUUGUUGUUGAUGUGUUUGAAUGUGUAUUUAAUGCAUUAAAUAUAGUCCACGCGACGUACGUAAGUACUUGGAAUAUAUGAGCUCUCAUAGUUUGCCGCAAAACGUUGCAAAAUUCACACGCCUCGCAUGAAGCAGUUUGGUUAGAACGUAACGGCAAACAUUGUACUUAAAAUGUUCUUCUCUUUUGGAAGAAGAUAAUACUUUCACUAAAGCAUCGUGCUAUUCUAGUAAACUCAUAAUCAUGCCUCAUAUGUUCGUAGAAUUUUCAUCAAGUAAAUGUAAGUUGAUGGCCACACCAUUCCAGUUUUCGUACAAUAGAAACGUUAGAAAUAAACGUAUUACCUCCAAAUACUCCCAACCUCUAUAAUGAUCUGUUUAUUUAAGUAAAAAGUACCGAAUAUAUGAUUUAUGUACAACAGUACCCUUAGUACAAGUUUGCUUUACGUUGAACGAAAACGCAACGAGAUCACGUCCGGCGCUGUGAAUGGCAGGCACGAAUGAACCAACCAAUCAGAGAACCGAACACGCUCGUGUAUCGUUUUUGUUCAACGUAAGGCAAACUCGUACUAAGGAUACUGAAUUUUACUUAGAGCUAGCGUCUUAAAUGAAAGCACCAUCAAUUGUCGAAUUUACUUCGUAUUACACCUAUAUAUUUCGCCGUAGAUAUUUUCAGUGGUGAUAUGUGAUUUUAUUUGUUACUAUCUUGUCACAGCUAAAAAUGGUUCCUUGUUGUAAUUUGGAACCCAACAAUGCAGUAUUUCAUUAUAUGUAAGGUGCCUAUUAAGUACUUAUUUUAGUGAGAUAUAAUUAAUGUUAUGGUGCUUGUCCUAUUAGGAAAGUAAGGUCGUAUGAUCGCCUUUUUGGCAGCCGCAAAAAUGAACUGUGUCUAAUAUAACAAUACUUUAGACGACCUUUUCCUAUGUUUUAUAAUUUCUGUAUUCUAGAUAACAUUUUAAUACCAAAGGAAGUCUCAAUGAACUUGAAAGAUCUACAUUUUGUAACUAGUAUUUAUUAUCUCACAAUUUGCCACUAUGAUAAUAUAAUUUAACUUCUAAGGAAAUAUAUGUAUAUUUAUUUAAAUUCUUAUCACAAUCUCAUUGUUAGUUUAUUAGGUAGCUGACAGUAUCAAUAUUAAGAUUGUGUACCGUAUUGACUUUAAUUAAUCCACCAAUAUGAUGGCCUAAUGAUAUCAACUGACAAAAUCAUAUUGACUAAUUUGCACCAAAUUAUGUUCUAUUUUCUAACAUAUAAUCUUUUCUUAAGAUCUGAAAAUGUCCGUAGAAUUAAAAGUAAAUAUACAAAAUAAUACAAGUACAAAUGGAAAUCACAAUUUUCUGGCAAUUGUGUAAAUAAUUACAAAGUAUGUGUUAAUUUUGGUGCGGCGCCUUGACAGAUGUAAACGCACCAUAAUGGUAAGCGUCCACAGGUCCGCAUCGUACGUACCGUAUUACUUCCGUAUCGUAUCACUUGAAUUUUUGGCAUCGGCAUUCCUUAUGACGUCAUCGGUACGCAUCGCAUGUAGGCAUUGCCGAUGAGCGGUCCGUACGAUGCGGAUCAGUAGACGCAGUUGUAUGAGUUUCUAUACAAGACAAAUUAAAAUCCGUUGCGUGCGAUGCGUACGAUGCGGACCUGUGGACGCUUACCUUUAGUAUUCAGUCUUGAACACUAUUGAUUGAUAUUGUAUUAAAAGAUUUGAUGUUCACUUUACGACUAUGCAUGUGAUACAUUUAGUAUGUGUGCUCUCUUAUUUGCGGAGUAUAGAUAAAAAUAACUUCUUUAUUGUAUUAAGUAAUGCAGAUCUGCAUUAUUGAUGUCAGCUCAGAGCUGAACGAUAUAUUUAAGAAGUUGUAUAAAUGUGAAUUCGUGUGAUAUGAUUUGUGAUCUAUUGUAAUUUGUUUAUUGCCAUUAGCAAAAUGUAUAUUAUUAUUUAAGGAUACGCCCUGUGCUACUGAUACAUCUGAUGCCAUUUACAAUCAGGGCUUAGUUUAAUUUGAUUAGUACAAGUUCCUUUGAACAUCAAGUAUUAUUAAAACGAAUAUUUUUAUAAAAAUAGACUGUAGAACUCAUGUGCAGCUUGAAAUGCUACUUAAUUAUUACGCUUGAACAGUAUACAUAACUUAAUUUAUGCAACAUUCUGGCUUUAAAUUAUAUUGCUAUUCCUCUCAAUGUAUAUUGUAUAUCAUAAGGCGGUGUUUGUAUUGUGUAGUGUUUAUAGACAAUUUUUAAUAAAACUAAGGAUAUUUUA